UUUAUUCCUGUUUGUAAGCACUACAGUGCAGGACAAGUUCAGGUAGGAGCUUACAGGAGGCACCGGAAGGCAGCAUCCAUGGUGGCUCUGGUCAGACAUCGGGUGGCUAACGUAACUACAUGAGCUUGGGCCUUACUGUGACCUUAAGUAACUAAGCGCUUCUAGAAAGUAACUCUUCAGUACAGCUAUCGACAGCAGAGGAGCUCCCCUCUAGUCAUGCCAUGGAUAUUUUGUGGCAAUACCAGUUCAGGAUUAUUUUACUCGGGGAUUCAACAGUGGGGAAAUCGUCGCUGCUCAAGCGCUUCACGGACGGAAUAUACAGCGAUGUGGCGGAUCCGACGGUCGGCGUAGAUUUUUAUGCCCGUUCCCUCGACAUCGAGCCAGGCGUGAAAAUCAAGCUUCAGCUGUGGGACACGGCCGGGCAGGAGCGGUUCAGGUCCAUCACAACCUCAUAUUACCGUAACUCUGUGGGUGGGCUCCUGGUGUUCGACCUGACCAAUCGCAAGACCUUCGACCAUGUGAGGGAGUGGCACAAGGAGGUGAGCGAGCACAUCCUGCCCCAUCACAUGGUCUACAUCCUCAUCGGGCACAAGAGCGAUCUGAACAAGGACCGCAAGGUGAGCCGGGACGAGGCGGAGCAGCUGGCGGCCGAGCUGGGCAUCCGCUACGUGGAGACCUCGGCCAAGUGCAACAGCAACGUGGACCGGGCCUUCGAACUGCUGACCAGAGACAUCUAUGAGCUGAUGAAGAUGGGGGAGAUCGUCACCCGGGACGGCUGGGACGGCGUGAAGAGCGGCCUCACCGCCAAGGUGCUCUACCCAGCCGAGGAGGAGGAGGAGGUGGCCACCGCCGCUGCUGAGAAGGGCUGUCACUGCUGACUGAGCCUGUCCCUCGUCUGUGCGUCCAACAUCGCCCCUCCUCCCCUGUCCCACAGACAGCUCACCUCGUCUCACAGCCUCCUCGCUGAAAUCACUGUCCCAAACGAGGCUCUGUGCCAUGUGAUACCGCAGUCCAUCACCUGCUCACCUUGUGCGUUGUGUAGCUUGCCCUCUUUGUGUCAGCUCUACAGAGAACUGAGAUCUUUUCUCACGGGGCGCUCAGUGUACAUCCUGUCGCGUACCUUUUAAGCAUCUCUGCUUGUGCAUACUAAAAUCUGCGCGGUGUACCGUAUGGCUGAGCUGCUUUGGGCCUUGCUCAGACGACAAAUAAAGGCAUGUGUAAAGGGUAUGGGGCUUCGAGGUGUAGAGUGUAGCCACUACUCCUUUUUACAGCCUUGGAGUUACUGGACUACUGAGUAUUAAGAAGGCACACAUCGAUUUGGGGACAAUACAUUACUGUGGUCUGGCAUCAAUCUCAUUUCAUAGGGCACCAUUGUGGGUUUCUGCCUGUCAAGCUUAGUUUGUGCGAUGCUUUGCCUGCAAUCUCUUGUGACUGUAUAUAAUGUAUAGAAUAGUGGAAUCUAUUGAAAUCCAACCUAACAGGCCACUGAAAGAUAUUUAAUUGAGUGUGCACAGACACAGUACACUCUCUACACUACGUGUCACCAUGAUAUUAAAUCAAUGUGCUCCUCCUGCUACUGUAAUCUGUGUGUGCACUUAUGCCAAAAUGACUUAAAUUUUUGAUCAUUUUGUGAAUACAUGAGUACUGUUUGUAAAAGAAAUAUAACUAUCUAUCAUUUCUAGUUAAGGUGCAAACCUAAAGAUAGGCCGUUGUAAUUAAAGUAGCUUGUCCCAUUUAGGUAUUUGUAUUAUAGCAUUGGAUGUCUCAUCCGUAACAGGAACAUCUAUCAAGUGUAUCGGAGAUUGUUUAUUUCUCAGCCAUCAGACACUGAGUCACUGACUUUGUCAGCAUGAUAGAUUUGUGAACAAAGGUGAGUUUAGGUUUGAAGUGAUCACAGUGUCGCCUGCUGCUCUUUGCAGCUCAGCCUUACAGGUGUGUCUCUCUCAUUCAAAGCGCAUUCCCCACAAACAAUAUUCCUUUCAGAUUAGAACGAAUGAUUGAUGCCAACUCCUUAAAUCCUUUGGCAUGGCUGUAUGUGCAGCUUUUGAGGGCUUAUGCUGCGUUUUAGGAAUGAGGGAAGUUGGAUUUUCUGUCUUUGUACUAAAAAAAACAUAUAAUUGAACGGCCUCUGGGUCAAGUAAGAAUCUCAAGUUAUCUGUCAUCAUGUAACCUGGAAACCUAUACUGUAAGCACAACCUAGCAUUCUUAUAACACAUUUGUAAUCCUCACAAUACAGUUAAGUUUACCUCCAGCCUUGCAUGACAUUAACUUGACCAAUAAAUGGUUAAACAUAUACAUUUAAAAUGUAAAGCUUUGACAUAGCACUAGCUGCAGCAUGAGGACAUGAUGUGGGGCAAAGAAAAUCUCACGACCCACAAACUUCGAAUUACCGGCUUCCAACUUUGAAUAGCAUGCAGCAAUAAUACCAGCUUUCAUGCCACUGGGGUUUUAUGAGGGUCAGCAAGCUUUCUUGUGAGGGUUAGCAAGCUGCAUUUUUUUCAGGAAUACAUGCACAUAUAGCUUCCAACUGUAGAAGUGCCAUUGCUUCAAAUGGACUCUUCUGGUAAUGAUAUAUGUGCCCAAAAAAAAGGCCAUGGUUGAUUUGCCUGUUUACUAGUGAUUAACUGUAACCAUAGAAAUUGAAUUCAGUUUCUGUGAUUGCAAUGCAGAAGUUCAGGCUGUUGGUUACAGGACACAGUUCAUAAUUUGUUUUUCACCAUUACUGAGGCUGCACGUUCAUCACCAGAGUACACAGUGGACCACAGCACACUUUGCCUGUGAACCUCCCGUCACCGUCUUCAUUCACAUUUCACCAGCAUCUCACUGAAAUAACACCCACUGCACACGGUGGGACACGGAUUAUGCAUUCGAGCCUGUGCUUUAUGACUUCAGUUGACCCAACUCUGUAACUUUUUUUUUUUUUUGAGUUGCUUAAAGCUAUAAGGUCUAUUCCAUAUUUAGACCUAGCUGCAGCUUAGCAUUACGUAAGGAAUGUAUCCUCCACCAUGACUUGGAAGCAGACUGAGGCAUUUGCAGUGUCCAUUCAAUGUUGUGUUUUCUGUACUUUUCAGUAGCGAUUCAAACUUGUAUGCUAUGUUAAGUCAGCUUGGUCUUGGUCAUUGUGUAUUGGUGUAAUUCCUCAUUUUUAUUAUUAUUAUAUUAUUAAUUUAUUAUUUUUUUAGAUCAGAGUCAGAUUAAGGCUAACUCAGUUCAGCUUGAUUUAUAAACCAGCAGUAUUAAGCCACUGCCUGUCAUAACUAGGUUAGAUACAACAUAUGAUUCAUUACUUUGUAUGACAAUCAGAUGUCUGCAGUUCAUGUUCCGAGUGAUGUCGAGGUCUUCGUCGUAGGAUUGCUGUGCUUGUCCUUGCCUGGGACUGAGGAACAUUUAUUUUAAAAGAAUCCAUCUGUUGGUCCUGACAAAAGUAAUGUAUUGGCAUUUUCUUUGGCAAACAUCCCUCUCAGGCAUGCCAGUCUGGCUGUGCUACUAAAUCUACCUGUCUUCAGUUUUCUCUGCCAUCUAAACAGGGUUACUUUGUCGACAUUUGUUUUGAUCUGUAAUAUAACGCUGUGAUGUGACUGACCUGUUCCUCGGUGCAUGCUUCCCAUUCCGAACACUGUUUGAAAAGGAGCGCUUGCACCGGUCGGUGGACACAGUUUUAAGGACAGUGCUGGAAAGGUGGAACUAAGUAACAGAGAUGAAGAGAUCAGUCUCUGAAGCGAGGAGCAUCGACCCAGAGGAGACACCAGAGGAAGAUAGAAGCUUAUUUCUCAUCAACCAUUAGUCGAUAUCACUGGUGACAUAGAUCAUUAGAAAUAUUUACAAAAUGUCAAUACAAAAAAAAAAUAAAUAAAUAAGUUGUAAUCUAUAGACUCUUUAGACGAAUAAACAGUGAACAUCCUGUGUGGUGAUGCUGAUGCUGAUGAUGGCCAUAACCAAAAUCCACUCCAGAUCAAGCCUCUAUAAUCUGACAUGUCACUGAGUGUGUUUCAUAUCGCAAAUGUGGAAUGAUCCAAUCAACACAUCUCUGUGUUCAGACCUCAGCAGCUUUUAGGGCCUGCAGGACGUUCUUAGGCUGUUUCCCACAGUCACAUUUCACAGCUUUAUCGAAUAAAUGUAUUUAUUUUAUUUAACGCAUAUUGUAAGGGAUCAGCCCUUUCUUCAAUGUGAUUCUAUUGAUUGGUUACAAAAUAAAUAGAUGUCCAAUGCCUA